AGCUUUCGACGUGCGUGUAGCUAGGCAAGACUUGCCACAUCUUUCCAAAAACAGUUCUCAACAACCCUGAUUUACUCCAAUUUACUCCGCGUGCUGCUGAUUUCCUAUGUAUCUCUGUGUUGUCUGUCUGAAUGACUUGUUAAUGGCAGGAUCACACUCCUUCAGUUGUCAUUAGCACGGCGAUGGCUUGCAAGUUGAAUAGUCUUUUCAGCGUCGGAGAGGAAUUCGAUGACGAGGACUUGCUGCAAGCAGACUGGUCGGUGCCCUCUGUCGUCCCAUCCACAACUCUACAGUCAGGGGCAGGGACGACCAGCUCCAGUGACUCACAGCAGGCCAUCCCUGUCACAUUUGUAACCACCACAAAAGACACAUCCAACUCAGGCACACUAGGAACUAAUUCAAAUGUAACUGUCCAGACUCCACCUGUGCUGGGGCUCAGGGGGUUUACGGCCCCCAAGCUUCCCCCAGCCCCGCUUGCUGGUCCCCCCAGCAGUGUGUUCAACACAAGGACUAAUAAUAUCCUAACAACUGUGCCUGCUCACCAGAACUCACUCCCCACUGCCUCACAUAACCACAAACAGGAUGACUUUGAUGAUUGGGAUGUUGACCUGGCAGACUUGGAUGACAAUCCCAUGGUGGUGCCUCAGACUGUGCCCAUCCCUCAUCGAGGUCACCCAACUCCAAGCACUAGCCAAGGUCAGGGCCAAGCCAGGACUGUGUCUAAUUCUGGCUGGCCCGGUGACGAUCUAACAUCUCCGGCAAAGAUGAUGCGAACUGCAGCCUGUUUUGACGGCUCAACCCCUACCCCCAGUCCCAGUUCCAGUAUGAGAGGCUUUAGCUUUGCUGCCCAGACCCCUGAGCCUCCUUUCGGGAGGCCUACACCGUUUAGAGGCCCGCUGGCUCCCCCUGGUCCCUCACCUGCUCCAUCACCAGGAGGGCCAUUCAAAAGCCCAGGAGUUCUCCACGCCCCACCGUGUAGUCCAAUUGGUCCCAGGUCAGGGCCCAGGGGUGGCUUCUCAUCCUCCAUGCCCAGCCCCGUCACACCCAGGAUGGGGAGACCUCUGCCCCCCGGGCCAGCUGGUAGUGCCAUGCGGCAGCCUGGAGGAGGGCAUAUGUCAGGGGGGCUGUUCCAGUCAGUGUCUCCGCGCCCGCCACCCCCGACACCAAGCCCUCGCUCCCUCCACACGCCCGUCAUGACCAACCAUCUCGUCCAGCUGGUGUCCGCCUCCAAGAAGACGCCUCAGAGGACGCGAUCGGACCCGAACCGGCCCAAGACGCGGCGCUUCCCAGGGCCGGCUGGGAUGUUGCCCCAACAGCUGAGUGGUAAAAGCCUGGAUGACAUUGUUGUGGCAGUUCCCCAGACUCCUGCUCACGGGGCUGUAGCUCGCCGCAGGACAGAGGUCCCCAGCUCCCAGCCUGCUGAUGAGGAGGACUUCAGUGGGGGUGGCUGGGCGGCCAUGAAAGCCGAAAUGGGAUUGGACGAGAAGAACCCCUCCUGCUUCCUGCACUCUUACAGCGUUGUCAUGGUGCUCCGCAAGGCGGCCCUCAAACAGCUCAACAAGAACAAAGUACCCAACAUGGCUGUCGUCCUAAAGAGUAUUCUGCACACGCAUGCGGAUGCUAAGGCUGUGUUUAAGGACCCAACAGGUGAGAUGCAGGGGACUGUGCACCGGCGCCUGUUGGAGGAGCGUCAGGCGGAGCUGAAGAUUGGAGCCGUGCUGCUGCUUAAACAGGUGGGCGUGUUCUCUCCCUCCCAUCGUAACCACUACCUGAACGUCACGCCCAACAACCUGCUGCGCAUCUACCCCCCGGACGGCAGCCUCCUGCCCUGCACGCCGCUAUCCCAGCAGCCCCUGGGCUUGGUGGAUGUGUGGGACGAGGGCGAUGGUGAGGCCGCCUCCAGGACAGCAGAAGAGCCUGUGUCUGAGAUGGAGCUGCGCUUUGAUGAUGAUGAUGAUGAUGAUGAUGAAGAAGAAGAAUCGACUCACGCAAACAUUCGGCCCCAUCAGAGUGGCCAACCACAGACUGCCCUGCCAGCACCCGCCCACGCACCAGUGCCGAGCAAUCCGGCCGCAUGGGACACAGAUGACCUGGAUGAGUUGCUUGGGGAGUUGCCAGUCUAGUGCUGCUCUGUGUGACGCUGGCCACAAGAUCACUCAACCGCACUACAAAGUGGUCUCUUCACAUGCCUUGGAAACACACACACACACACACACACACUCACACACACACACACACACACACACACACACACACACACACACACACACACACACACACACACACACACACACACACACACACACACACACACACACACACACAGAUCAGCAAUGACCAACAUGGCAAUGUGUACACACAAAGACUUGUUCACAAAGGCACACACACACACACACACACACACACACACACACACACACACACACACACACACACACACACACACACACACACACACACACACACACGUAGGUUCAUCUGUUCAUGGUAAACAAUCUCCUCAGGUGUGUCCGUAUGCUGCAGUCAGGUGCGUUUGAUCUGUUUGGGAGCCAGAAGCCCAUGCUGUUGGGGUGGGGGCAGGGGGGGCAGAGAUGUCUACCGGUCGGCCGAGCCUCAAAGUGUUCCCCCCCCCGAAUAACACCUGUUACCAUGGUGACACUACAUGACACGAGGCCAAGGGAGUGUCCGGCCUGCCCACACCUCAUGCUGACUUGUGUCAUCUUCCUUGUUUGUCACUGUGGACCCCAUGCCAUUGUGUCAGCCUGCUCCGUGACAUUUCCCUGUCCACCAUCCAACCCCCCUCCUCCCCCUCCCCCACCCUCACGUUAUGCCCUGGCAUUGCCCUGGCACUGGCACAAGAACACAAACAAAGGAGCAUGUCCUUUCACCCACCAACCUCCAAGUCUGGGGUCUUGGCCAAACAUGGACGUCAUAUGUACACUGUGCAUGGAGACACGCUCACACACACUCACCCAGACACAUACUCACGCAGGCACACACACGCGCACACACACACACACACACACACACAGACACACACACACACACACACACAGUCUCCCAGAGUUCACUGAGGCCGCCAGCUUGCGUUGAAGUAGCUGCUCCUCCAUUAGUGUUUUGAAGCCUCCCUCUCUUUCUUUCUUUCUUUGGUAUCAACUCAUCUUUGUUUCAUUGUACUGUACAAAAUUUGUUAAAUGAGAGAAACUAUGAUGUAAAAAAUGUGUAUAUAAUGUAUACUGGCAGAAUAAAAAUGUAUGAUACCACAACAA